AUGAAAUUGAUUGGAUUAUUGCUUAUUAUUGUUGCUAUUACAACUGUUAAUGCAAAUCAAGAUGAUGUACCAUAAUGUGUAUACGAUCUAUUAUACAAAGCAAAAACUAAUUAAAUUUGCAAAUAAAGUGAUACAGAUUGUCUUAGAGAUCUUAAAUCUUUAGAUAAUUGUUCUCUUAAUUGCAAAGGUUAAAACUAAAAUAAAUAGCCUCAAACUUUUAAUUGCGUUAAAAAUAAUUGCAAGCCAACUAACCCUUAUGUUCAAGUAUUUUUUGAUGAAUUGAUUAAAUGUGAAUCUACAAUUUAUAGCUCAAUUGUUUUAUUUAGCACACUAUUUGCAUUCAUUUUCUUGUUAAUCUGA